UUCAGUCACUCCAGCCCUAAAGCUUAAUUUUGAGGGUUUCCAUCUCUCAUUGUCAAUGGGUCGUCGUCGUCCUCGUCGCAGGUUCGAUCCCUUGAGUUAUCUUGGAGAGUCCAUCCUUGUAAUAAUCAUCUCGCUGCUGCCUUUCAAAGAAGCGGUUCGAACGAGCGUGCUCUCUAAAAGAUGGAAUCAAGUAUGGCGUCAUACCAGGAGUAUUGAGUUCGACGAGAGUUUCUUCAUAGCGUCAGAUGUUCAGACCCAGGGUAGGAAAUCGUCUUCACCAUCAACUCGAAAGCUUACAGCUCGGAGAGAAGUGCUUUUCAAGUUUUCCCAGCAGUGGAUCUGCCAUUACCGGCAACCCAAGGUGGAUAAAUUCCGGUUAUCAUUUUGUUGGUCCAACAAGCUCCGAUUGAAGCGGCGUUUGGAGGUAGAACAGUGGAUUAGGUUUGCCGUAGAUCGACACGUCGUGGAAAUUGAUCUUGACUUCUCUGAUCCAGCAUGGAUUAGAGAUAGGCCUGAGAAUCACAGAGCCCCCUUUCGAUUGCCGUCGUCUGUGUACCAAUGCCGGAUGCUACAGUCGUUGAAGUUAUCAGCCUGCGGAUUCCAGGGGUUCAGAAAUUUUAAUGAACUCAGGACGCUUUCUGUGGAAUGGAAGAAGCUAACUUGGCCAUGGCUUCGGGCUAUACUGACAAACUGUAGGAUGUUAGAGAAUCUAAAGCUCAAAAAGUGUAAGAAUCUGAAUGUCCUCAACAUAUCUGAAAACAUAACCAGUAUAAGGACGUUGGUUAUAGAGGAUUGUUCUCCUCUAAGAGAUGGGAUAUCGAUCUCUACGCUCUAUCUCCAAUCUUUUAAGUACUUUGGUCUGGUACAGUCAUUCUACCUGGAGAGCCUGAGGCAAUUCUGGGGUGCUGAACUGGAAUUUGGUUAUAAAGAUGAGUUCGAUGAAGUUGGUAAGCAACUUUGUGAUCUUCUGCAUGCUGGAAACAUGGAUGCUUCGAUUAGAUCGACUUACGAAAUGCAGGAGAAGGGAGAAAAGCUUGAAGAUGGGGUGGAUAUAACUAAGAGAACGCACGUCCUUGCCAAAGCCACAGGGAGACAACGCUCCAGAGGCACUGAGGUUUCAGAUGUUUUCGACCGUAUGAUCUCUCUGUCAGUGAAUAUUCCCAUCUGGACUCGUUCAAAGAUGGUUCCACAUGUUGACAUCAAGAUUAAUCAGUUUGAAGGCGCUUUCUUAAGUGAUGGGAAAGGCCUGAACAAUUGGGACGUCUUCUCCCACAAACCAGGUAAUAUCGUGGAUGGAAGUAAUGGAGAUAUUGCCGUGGAUCACUACCACCGAUAUUUGGAAGAUAUAGAGCUGAUGCAAUCUCUUGGAGUUAACAGUUAUCGCUUCUCCAUUUCGUGGGCAAGAAUUCUACCGAAAGGAAGGUUCGGAGAGAGAAAUCGUCAAGGCAUUGACCACUACAACAAUCUUAUCAACGCUCUCCUACGCAAAGGGAUUGAACCAUUUGUUACUUUGAAUCAUUAUGACAUCCCUCAAGAACUUGAAGACAGAUAUGGAGCUUGGCUAAGUCCUGACAUACAGGAUGAUUUCGGAUAUUUGGCUGAUGUGUGUUUUGAGGCCUUUGGAGACCGGGUGAAGUACUGGACCACCUUCAAUGAGCCCAAUGUCGUAGCUGUGCGUGGUUACCGAUCAGGGAUCCACCCACCAUCUCGUUGCUCAGCAUCAUUUGGGAAUUGUCUACAUGGAGACUCAAAGACUGAGCCCUUCAUCGUGGCCCAUAACAUCAUCCUCUCUCACGCCAUUGCUGUCAAUAUUUACAGAACCAGAUACCAGAAGAAGCAAGGUGGCAGCAUUGGGAUUGUGAUGAAUGCCAUAUGGUUUGAACCACUUACCAACUCCCCGGCAGACAGGUUAGCUGCCGAGAGAGCUCAGUCAUUCUAUCUGAACUGGUUUUUGGACCCCAUCAUAUUUGGGAAAUACCCUCCAGAGAUGCAUGAAAUUCUAGGGUCUAUUUUGCCUGAGUUUUCAAGAAAUGAAUGGGAAAUACUGCAGACGGGCUUGGAUUUUAUUGGCAUCAAUCACUAUACUAGUCUCUAUGUGAAAGAUUGCAUUAGUUCCAUGUGCAAACCCGGAACUGGAGGCUCUAAGACAGAAGGUUUGGCCAUAAGAACAGGAAGAAAAGAUGGUGUCCCCAUUGGUGAACCUACUGGGAUGGACUGGUUUUAUGUUCACCCACAAGGGAUGGAAAAAAUCAUUAUCUAUGUUAAAGAGAGAUACAAUAAUACACCCAUUUUCAUCACAGAAAAUGGGUAUGGUGAAGAGAAUAAUGCCAGUUUCUCCACUGAAAAUUUCCAAUAUGACAUCAAGAGAGUGAACUACUUGAAUGGCUAUUUGAGUGCACUACAGAGAGCAAUGAGGAAGGGAGCAGAUGUCAGGGGGUACUUCAUCUGGUCCUUGCUUGACAACUUUGAGUGGAUAUGUGGAUAUACAAAAAGGUUUGGGCUUUACCAUGUUGAUUACAAAACAAUGGAGAGAACUCCAAAGCUAUCAGCAACCUGGUACAAACAGUUCAUUGCAAGGCAGAAACCAAUCAAAGCUAUAAUUCCCCUUAGCAAUCAAGAAUUCUCCUAAAAAGUGAGACACUGAUGUUUCAUCUGCAUGUGUAAUGAGUUGAACAAGAUCUAAAUAAAAACUUGACCACAAGAUGGAUGCACAUUAGAUCAUGGAUUGGUAGGAAAGAAUUUUAGAUACAGGCAUCACAAGGAGGAAGACCAUCCUAUGUCAAUCAUAGCCAUAAACUAAGCGGCAAUGAUUUGAAAAACAAUUAAGAAAAAAAAAAGAGGAAAAAGGUAGAAUGAUGCACUUAAUUACUUGGGAUGUAUGACAUAUUUGCUUAAUGCAACAAUAGAUGUAUGGCAUA